UAUCUCUUGUUGUGAAGAUGGAUGCUCAGGCAGUAGCGGUCAGCUGCCCGAUAUGUAAACGGACUCUAGAUGUUAUGCAACGAUGUACGAGGUGCAGAAAGGUGUAUUACUGCUCUAAAGACUGUCAGCUGAAGCACUGGCCUCUUCACAAGACAGUGUGCGGCAAUCCCAUUGUUAAAGCGCCGCCGGGGAGCAGCUCCGCUCGGUGCAGCUCAUCAGCAGGGCUUGCACUGCAGGGGGAUGAUGACAGGGGUGCCGCGAAGGUCCUAGGCUGCUCCGUUACCAUUAAAGUGAAGCACAACACGCUAAAGCACACGCUGCAGCUCCCCGAAGGCACCACCGGCCUCGACUGCUAUGGACUGAUUUCAAGGCAUCUGCGGGUCCCCGCUGAGAAGAUGAGGCUAGUCUCCAAAGGGAAACUGGUGCGCAGGUGCAACAUUGUGGACUUUCUGAAUGAAAGCGCCGUGUUUCAUGCUUUCGGGAGGCAGUCGGAGUGCGAGGAUGGUUUGGACGAGCGGGAUAUUGAAGUGCUGAUGACCCAGCUGUCAGUGGAACGCAAUGUGGCCGUCAGAGUCCUCCACAAAACCGGGGGUGUGAUCAACGCAAUGAGCCUCCUCUCUGACAGCAUGUAGGGGGACAAACACUUGCAUUUCUAAAACGAAUAAUAAACAGUUUUGGAAGAAUCACAACAAGCCCCUAAAUGAAAUGUCUGACUUGUUUUAUAACUUGAUAACUUUAUUGGGUGCAUUUUGACUAUCAGAAAACAAAUUAAAAAAAAAAAAAAAAACACCUGCUAA